AUGUUAUCAUCUUUAUCCGAAUUGCAUGAUUUAACAUUUUUCACCAUUUUAUUUGCCUUGUUAAUAAGAUGGAUGGUUACAUUUUUUUCUUAUUCAGGCGAAAGAAUUGCACCAAUGUUUGGCGAUUAUGAAGCACAAAGACAUUGGAUGGAAAUAACGGUUAAUAUUCCCGUUAAAGAUUGGUAUACAAAUUCAACGGAAAAUGAUUUAAAUUAUUGGGGUCUCGAUUACCCACCAUUAACUGCUUAUCACAGUUGGUUGAUGGGAAAAAUCGCUAAUUAUUUUAAUCCUGAAUGGGUUAAAUUAAAUGAAUCACGAGGAUUUGAAAGCUAUGAACAUAAAAUUUUUAUGCGAUCAACAGUUUUCAUCAGCGAUUUGGUCAUUUUAAUCCCAGCCUUAUACUAUUAUGAAUUGAAAUUAUUUGAUCAAAAUUUUCAAUUCAAUUACUUUCUUCAUCAUCUAUUCGUACCCAGUUUAAUACUCAUUGAUCAUGGUCAUUUCCAAUACAAUUGCAUUGCAUUGGGUCUGUUUUUAUGGGCCGUAAUUUGUUUGAUAAAACGACAAGAUAUUUUAGCAUCAAUUCUUUUUUGCCUAUCAUUCAAUUAUAAACAAAUGGCUUUGUAUUAUUCAUUGCCCAUAUUUUUCUUAUUAUUGAAACGUUGUUUCAAUCAAAGAUCAUUUGCUAAAUUAACAGCAAUUUCAUUUUCCGUAAUUGCUACAAUGAUGAUUUUAUGGUCACCAUACUUGAGUGAUCUGAAUACAGCCAAUCAAGUUUUUCGUCGAAUUUUUCCAUUAAAUCGAGGAAUAUAUGAAGAUAAAGUGGCAAAUUUUUGGUACUGUUUAUCAGUGUUUAUCAAGAUCAAAAAUUAUUUCGAAGAAUAUCAAUUAGCUUGGAUUAGUGCAUUUUUGACAAUUUUAUUUUCAUUACCGAGUUGUUAUUUAUUAUUUCGACAAAAUACAAUGAAACAAUUGAAAUAUUCUCUGUUUAAUGUAUCAAUGGCAUUCUUUUUGUUUUCAUUUCAAGUUCAUGAAAAAAGCAUUUUGUUUGUCAAUGUAGCAAUACUUUUACUAACUUAUCGUUCAAAAUUUAUGGUCAUCUGGUUUUCAUUGAUUUCAACAUUUAGUUUACUGCCAUUAUUGAUAAAAGAUAAUCUAGUCAUACCAUAUUUUGCAUUGACAAUCAUCUACGUUGUAAUCAAUUAUGAAUCAAUGAAUUUAAAUUCAAAAUCUUCGAUGCAACAAUUGUUUAAAGUUUCCAUAAUGGGUGCUAUUCUAUUGAGCCUAGCAUCAUUAGUUAUUGCAGCUCCGGAAAAAUAUCCACACAUUCAUACAUUAUUGAAUUGUAUGUAUUCAUUUGGUCAUUUUAUUCUAUUUUAUCUAUACUUUCUUGGUCAACAAUGUAUCGAUUUUCAAAGAACGGAUGAAAAAUAUCCUAACGUUCAAAAUAGAAUGAAUCUGUUUACAGUUGUUCAUCGUCGUCCGAAAAUGAAAAGAAAUUGAUCAAUCAUAAAUGUUUAUUAUGUUUUAUAGUUUAUUGUUAAUAAAUUUUGUUUUGGUUAAAUUUUCUAAUCAAUCAUUUAGA